AUUUUCGUCUUUUCGUAAAUAAGUUGCCUGCUCUACUCCACCCUCCUCACUACACCGGAACAUUUUUCCUUCACGCUCAUAAAAGUCACCUAGCUCCUCUCUAACAAUUUUCCCGGGAAAAGCAGUUGGGAAAAUUCUCAGUCAGGUAGGGCUUGGGGCUUCCGUUACGAAUCAUAAAAAUGUCUCAGACGGGAAAAUUGAUGCCGAAUCUGGAUCAGCAGAGCACUAAGAUGCUCAAUCUGACAGUUCUUCAGAGAAUCGAUCCCUUCAUUGAAGAGAUUCUGAUCACGGCCGCCCAUGUCACUUUCUAUGAGUUUAAUAUUGAGAGCAACCAGUGGAGUAGGAAGGACGUUGAGGGAUCUCUGUUUGUUGUUAAGAGGAAUACUCAACCCCGGUUUCAGUUCAUUGUAAUGAAUCGGCGAAAUACAGAAAACUUAGUAGAGAAUCUAUUGGGAGAUUUUGAGUAUGAAGUUCAAGUGCCAUACUUAUUGUAUCGAAAUGCAGCCCAAGAAGUUAAUGGUAUUUGGUUUUACAAUUCUCGUGAAUGUGAGGAAGUUGCGAAUCUCUUUAGUAGGAUACUUAAUGCCUAUGCAAAGGUUCCUCCAAAGCCAAAGGUGUCUUCAAGCAAUGGUGAAUUUGAGGAGCUUGAAGCAGUUCCAAGCAUGUCAGUAAUUGAAGGUCCAUUGGAGCCUUCAUCAACUGUCUCUGCUGCCACUGAUGGUCCAGAAGAUUCUUCAUUUGAGAAUUUCUUUAGUGUGGCUAUGAACAUUGGAAGCAGUGCCCCUAAUUUAGGAAAUUCAAGACAGUCUUAUCAUUCUUCAGCCACUGUCCCAUUGUCCUCCCAGACACCUAAUAUUGUGUCCCUUCCUUCACAAACUCCACAAGUACCAUCUCUUCCUCUUUCAUCUAUGCCUACUUCAGUCACCAUCCACAACACUCCUGAUUCAGUCAGCAAUAGCAAUCGAGUUACUAAUCUUGUAAAGCCUUCUUCAUUUUUUACUCCGCCUUCUUCUGCAUUGAUGGUUCCGGCUCCACUUAUCUCUUCACCUCUGCCUACUGCUCCUGCACUUCAUUCUCCCCUAAAUCUGCAACGCCCAUAUGGCAUCCCAGUGCUUCAACCCUUUCCACCUCCCAAUCCACCGCCAUCUUUGACUCCUAGUUCUCCUACCACUGUACCUGUUAUUCACAGAGACAAAGUCCGUGAUGCACUUUUGAUGCUUGUUCAGGAUGAUCGAUUCAUUGACAUGUUUUAUCAAGCAAUGCUGAAGGUGCAUCAUUCUUAAGGUACUGGAGGGAUGCAGCAGCCAUUCCGUCGGCAGAUCUGACUGAGUACAAAAUGCAUGCUUGUAACUUGAGUUUGGUGUACAGCUCUACUUCAUAGAAAAAAAUGGUGGCAUACCUCCCUGUAAUGAUCUUGUUCAUAUUUGCUGUAAAGUUGCAAAGGUGGAUUUAGAGUCUGGGUUGGUUCAGUAUUCUAGCGUCUCCCAUGCAGUGGAAUGUUGUAGCAGUAGAAAUAGAAGUUUCAGAGUCUCAACUCAAGAAAGUCAUUGGAAGUUUUCAGGUUCUGUAGGAUUGUACCAGUUGGGUCCAAACCAGUUAAGGAAUUAGGGACAAUGUGUAAGAAAUGUCAAUCUCGGCUCUCUCUCUCUCUCCCUCCCCACACAUCCCCCCCACCCCCCACCCCCUCCCCCCCCCACACACCCCACACCCUCCCCCCCCCCCCCCCCAAAAAAAAAAAAAAAAAAAACUUAUUGUUAUUUGUUUUUACAUAAUAUAUAAACUCCGGAAGGUCCCUUGAUUUGGAA